AUGCACGAAUUCCAGGCUCGCGAUGAUGUUUCUCGACUUGUCAGCGAUUUGCACAGUGACGAACUCAAUCAGCGAACUACUGUUCCCAUUGAGAAUUCGACAGCGAAUAACGAUUUAAUAAAUAUCCUUGAAAGUAUGAUAUUGGAUGAUGGAUUUGAAGGAAAUAAUUAUACGAAUGAGGAGGUCACGCAAAUGGCUUUGGUUAGAACAACUUUAGUACAAGAGGUGAAUGAAGUUCCAGUGAUAGUGGAGCCUGAUCCAUACGACCACCUUGAUUAUGAUCUUUCGAAUCAUAGUAAUGUUUGGAGUUUUCCGAAAGAGAAGCCAGACAACACGAAGCUUCAUGGUGGCGAAGUUCUUGGAAUUCUGUUAAAAGCUAAAAAACCAAAGAUUUUCGAAACGACAAUCGUAGUUGAUAAACCGAAAAAGAAGAAAACGAAGCCAUCGAAAUUUGGAAGAAAAAAGAAAGGAUCUCGCAAACUGAAAAUGUUGAAUGAUGUCUUCAAACCGAAAUAUCAAAUUUAUCGAAAAGUAUCAUCGAUUUCGCUCGACUUCUGA